GUUGAAUACUUUCUUGAAACCAACGACAUUUUCUACUAUCAAAUUCAAAUAAACAUUCAGAGAUUUAUUUUUGUAAAACAAAAACCCUGUAGAAUCUAAAAUUAAACUGAAUAUUAUGCAAAUUUACUCUUUCUCUUAAUUAUGUGAAUUUCUGUAUAUUCAACUCAAAAAUGCAGUAUAUUUUAUCAAAUAAAAGAUUUGUAAUGAAAAGAGGGUGUGGAUAGAAUAAUGUACAACGACACCCACCCUCAUUAUUGUGAUUGUGCAGCAACCAAAUAUAUUUGGUGAAUGUCAAGUAAUUGAGAAAAAAAGAAUCUUAGUAUUUCAUAUAAUUUUUAACGAAAUAGUAUUACUGUUAAUUAUUAAUUUAGAAAAUAAUCUACAUUAUUAUUUUAACGAGGAAAUAGUUAUCAAAUCUUUUCAUUUGAUAUUCGAACAUAAAAAAUUAUAUAGGCAAGGUUUUAUUGAAAAGUUGAUAAAAUAUUUGGCAAAUGUUACUGAAAAUAAAGUGUUGAAAAUUUCUUCAAGCUUUUUGUUCUUAAAUUAUAAAUGUAUAGAAUAGGAAAAAGUAAAUAUUGUACAAUGGUAAAAAAAAUACGUUCGAUAAGUGUAGUUACUAAUACGAAUAUUGUUGCUACUUAUAAAGUCUAUACCGUUGUUACAACAAGUUAGAGAUAAAUCUUUUACAAUUGAUUUAAAGUUUUAUAUGAUCUAUGCUAUCGUUAAUUCUAAGUGGAUUAUCAAAAAUAUCUUUUAUGAAUUUAUUAACUGUAAAUACAGGAGGAAAAGAAGCGUAGGAUGUAUAUAUAUAUGUAAUCUUUCAUUUGAAAUCACGGUUAAAAUAUUUUAUUUAGUUUGUAUCCAUCAUAGUGUAUGAUGAUCGUUCAAGGUUUUGUUCUACUAUUGCUGUUGUCAAUAGUACCUAGUAAUAGUCUUAUAUGUUAUGAAUGUGGAUGUAAUCAGAGUGAUACAACUGCGUGUAAUUGUGAUACUACAAGUGAUAUAACUGAUAAUGAUUAUUGUGUUAUCCUGGAACAAAGAUAUGUUGGUAAUACAUAUGUUCAAUUAAGUCGAAUCCCUCGCAAUUCAAGUUGGGUUUAUAUUGAAGAUCCGUAUUAUGUUCUUACACAAGAAUCUAUUAGAUAUAAUCUAACAACUAGACAAUGGUAUUUAUGGACAAUUAGUGUUUUAUUUGGAUGUGAUUGGGAUCUUUGUAAUUCUCCCAGUCUUAUCAAUUCAUUGCCUAAUUCAUUCAAGUAUAAUAUUAAUUCAACUUGGCUAAAUUCAAAUAUUUAUGGUACUGGUUCUGUUACUUCUUGUCAUCAUUGUGAUACAGAAGUAUGUGGUGAUGCAACAAAUCCGAGUGAUUUUGAUCAAUGUCAAAUGGUAACUUGUAACACUAAUGUAACAUCGUGUUUAGCCUAUGGUUUAUGGAAUAAUGUUGCUACGGGUGAACAAUGUUAUCAAUCACAAUGUGCACCAGAAUAUUUGAAUGGAGCAAAUGCUGAAAUUUAUGGUGGUAAACACAGAAUUGAUAUUGAAGCAGUUGUUUAUUUAGCAAAAGAUCGUUCAAAAUAUGAUAUUUGGGAAUUAGAUGUAUAUUGUGCAGUUAAUAAUUGUACCCGACCAACUAUUUUUCAAGAAAUAUCACAACAACUUACACUUGAAAUUGGUGAUUUAUCAGCAUAUCCACCAACUCGACCAUUAACAACACAAGCACCUACUCGACCAUUAACAACACAAGCACCUACUCGACCAUUAACAACACAAGCACCUACUCGACCAUUAACAACACAAGCACCUACUACAACUACACCAAUACCAAAUCCUUUGAGAUGCUACAGCUGUGAUUGUUUUGAUCAGCCAACAUGUCCAUGUUCAUCAACCGUCGUAAGUUCACUUGAUUAUACUUAUUGUGUUAUUGUACGUGAAAAUUUUGGUCAACAAACUUAUAUUUAUGCAGAUUAUCUUGAACUUAGUGCAACACUUAUGUAUAUUGAAGAAUUUCCAUAUGCAUUUGUUGAAGAAUCAAUUGAUUAUAAUGAAAAAACUGGUCUAUGGUUCACUACAACAAAUUUUAUUGUUUAUGGAUGUAAUUGGAAUUUAUGUAACAAACCUGAACUUAUACCACUUUUACCAAAUAGUUAUCAAAUGCGUCUUCCAGAAGCAUGGUUAAAUUCAAGUAUUCUAGGUAGUGGACAACCAGUUAGUAAUUGUCAUCAAUGUCCAGAAGGAGCUCAAUGUGGUACAGCUGAUUUUCUUGAUGCUAAUACAUGUCCAAUUCAAUCAUGUAAUACUACUUGUCUUGUUUUGGAUACUUAUGAAGAUCCAGCAUAUGAUUAUCUAUGUUAUCAAUCUUUUUGUCUUCCACCCGAUACACAAUAUUAUCAAUUAGAUCGCCAUAAAGUAGAAAUUGAAGGUAUUGUUUAUGCCAGUCAACAAAAUUUUGUUCACUUAUGGGAAAUAGAUAUUUAUUGUCGUGCUAAUGACUGUUCACGUCCUGGUAUAUUUAAAGAACUUCGUGAAAACUUAAGUGUAGUACCAGGUACUCUUGCUGCUUUAUUUACUGAAACACAUGAUCCAAAUAUUCCACAACGUCGAUGUUAUGAUUGCUAUUGUCAUAAUCAACCUAGCUGUAUUUGUGAAAGAACGACAAUUAUGGCCGCAAAUCAAACUUAUUGUAUGAUUAUGCGUCAGAACUAUGGUCAAGAUGUUUGGACUUCUUUAGGACAUAUUGGUCAAGAUUUAACCCGUGUGCAUAUCCAAGACUUUCCUUAUUUACUUGUUGAAGAAUCAAUUUUAUAUGAUGAACAACUAAUGCGAUGGGUUACAGUAACAAAUUUUGUUGUUUAUGGAUGUAAUUAUGAUUUAUGUAAUCAUCCAAGUCUCAUACCAUCUAUGCCAAAUAGCUUUCAAAUGCGUCUUCCAGAAGAUUGGUUAAAUACAAAUGUUAAAGGUUCUGGACAACCAGUUCGUAAUUGUCAUGAAUGUCCUGAUGGACCUCAAUGUGGUCACAGUGAUUAUCUCGAUACAAGCCAUUGUCCUACUAAGGAAUGUAAUACAACAUGUCUUGUUCUCGAUACAUUUGAUAAACCAAAUGAUGAUUUGCAAUGUUAUCAAUCAUUUUGUGCUCCACCUGAUUCCGAUAAUUUUCAUAUUGAUACACAUCGAGUGGAAAUCGAAGGUUUAAUAUAUCUUAAUAAACAACCACUUAGUGUUGAAUUGUGGGAAGUUGAUAUUUAUUGUCGAGCUGAUGAUUGUUCUCGACCAGAAAUAUUUACUGAACUUAAAUCUAACCUCACUGUCGUAAUAGGUGAUUUAAGUCCUUUUAAUCCGCAAACAUCAACAAGUUCGCAGUCCACAAAUAAUCCACCAACGACCACACAGUCUACAACUAAUCCACCAACGACCACGCAGACUACAACUAAUCCACCAACAACCACACAGUCUACAACUAAUCCACCAACGACCACGCAGUCUACAACUAAUCCACCAACAACCACACAGUCUACAACUAAUCCAACAACGACCACACAGUCUACAACGAAUCCACCAACGACCACGCAGCCUACAAAUAGUCCGCCAACAACACCAUCAAAAGCAUCACUCCUGACAAGUGCCAGCUUAUUCAUAUCAUUACUAAUAACAAUUUUUCUAAUGAACUUUCAUUGA